GCAGGAAGUGACGACAACGUCACUAUUGUAGUUUGCUUUUGUGUAGAUGUGUGUGUCGUUCUUAGCUGAAUCCAAAAAAAGACACACAAGUCAGCACUGGUAAAUUUAAGUUAUUUUUAUUUUUAAACUAACCGAUAGAGUAGUCUGUAAGGAAAAGAAGAAAUCACGAUGCGACAAUGAAGGCUGCUGUCGAAAAGGGAGGAGCUUUCUUACUGAUUUCUAGUCACCGCUUGUGAAUCUGAAUCCCAGCAUGCAUUGCAAUGACCCGCCAGCUGCUGAUGACCCCAUGGAUGACUGGCUCUUCCUGUCGCAUAAGUCUGUCGAGUCCCUGAGCGAAACGACGUCUUUGCAGGAGACGGCGGACAAAGGGAAGCUCAAAUCCAAGCUGGUUUCUGCCUGGAACAGUGUCAAAUAUGGCUGGUCCUUGAAGCAGAAAGCAAAAUUCAGCAAAAGCUCUCCCCUGAUCUUACUGGGAAAGUCGUAUGAGCUCAAGGAUGAAGUGAAUAAAGAGCGUUUCCGUCGCGCCUUUGCAUCGCUCCUGUGGCUGACGUACAGGCGGGGCUUCCCCCAGCUCGCUGGCUGCUCCCUGACCACCGACAGCGGGUGGGGUUGUGUUCUACGAACGGGCCAAAUGCUGCUGGCUCGAGGUCUCCUCCUACACCUGAUGCCACCAGGCUGGAUGUGGUCGGUGUGGUACCGGGCUGUGAAGGAUGACCUGGACCUGCCUCACCGAGCUGACUGCACCGAGUGCAAAUCAAACUUGAGGUGUCGAUAUCUGAGCCUCGGGUCCUUGUAUGACAGACCUCUGGAGGCCAUGCACAGAAAGGUGGUUUCCUGGUUUGCAGACCACCCUAAAGCCCCCUUCGGCGUACACAGGCUUGUGGAGUUGGGUGCGAGCUCAGGGAAGAAGGCUGGGGACUGGUACGGCCCGUCCAUCAUGGCGCACAUCCUACAGAAAGCCGUGGCAGCUUCAGUCGACCUUCCCAAUUUGGUGGUCUACGUUGCUCAGGAUUGCACCAUCUACCUGCAGGAUGUACGGGGGUUAUGUGAGCGGCCUCUUCCCCACUCCUGGAAGUCUGUCAUCAUCCUGGUUCCCAUGCGACUCGGGGGACAGGACCUCAAUCCUUCCUACAUCUCCUGCGUCAAAAAACUCCUGGAGUUGCAGUGUUGUAUUGGAAUCAUUGGCGGUAAACCGAAGCACUCCCUGUUCUUUGUUGGCUUCCAGGAUGACCAGCUGCUGUACUUGGACCCCCAUUACUGUCAGCUCACCGUGAAUGUGACCAAAGAGAACUUUCCCUUAGAGUCAUUUCAUUGUAAAUAUCCCAGGAAAAUGCCGUUCUCCCGCAUGGAUCCCAGCUGCACCAUCGGAUUUUAUGCAAGUGGACAACAGGAGCUCGACUUAUUGUGCACAAAUGUUAACGAGGUGGUCUCCACGUCAGCAGAGGCGUACCCCAUGUUUAUAUUUUCAGAGGGAGAAAGUUGGAAGGACGAGGAGCACAGCAGCUCUCCCAUGCAUGGCGUCACCUAUAUCCAGAGGAACAACGAUUUGAAGAGAGCCAGCACCACCAGCAGCAUGGAUGAGUUUGUUCUGCUGUGACGGAAAAGCUGCAGAUACGUCCUUUAAUGUGAAGUUUGCACUACUGAGAACCGAUAGAGCCGUCUUCACCAGGGAGUCUGCAGAACUGACCCGGCUUCUGUCCUUCAUGCUGUAUUUUAAGACUGCUUUUUGUACAUUUGUAAAUGUAUUUAAUAGUCAGUUUAGGAAAUAUUAAACCUGUUUGUGUGAAAAAAAACAAACUGCAAAAAUAAGGGUUCACAAAGUGGAAGGCUUUUGUUGCUGUGAGAUCGGCGUUUCACGUCACUCUGCUCCACUUUGGGUUCAGUCAUUGGAUUCUUAGGAACAUGUGACUUCCAUGUUUCUGACAAAUAAAUGUGACAUUCCUUAAAAGGUA